AUGAGUCGGCGGUUUACCUUUAACGAAGUAUUGAAAAGCGAUUGUAUUUAUGGCGAAUCCGAUGAUCACGAAGACGACGACGGCUUCGUUGAGAACAAUCUUCUCAGCGAUUUGGACGACGCCUUCAUCAACGAUGGCUUCGCCACCGGAGGGAAUGUAUCAUGUGAUCAAAUGCUGCCUCUCUUGGAUCCCAUCGACGACGACGUGAACUCAUUGUUUGAUGAACUCGAGAGACUAUUAGCUCCCGAAGAAUCAGACAUUUUGCAGACCAUUAAUACGGUAUAG